ACGUCCCCCUCCCCCCAUCUUCCUUCUCUCUCUCAUCAAUGGCAAUGCUGCUCCCACCCAAGGCCCUGUGCCUCCUCCUCCUCCCGCUGCUGUUCCUCUCCUCCGCCCGCUCGCAGCUCCUCCCGUUCCGGGGCGGCCUCUUCGACCGGCUCUUCAACCCGGAGAAGCUGGUCGGCGGGUCCCAGCUCGUCCGGGACGCGACCGUGGGCAACGACGGAGGGGUCGUGGGCGACGAGGGGGAACGGACGGCGGCGAUCGACGAGGACCCCGGCUUUAGGUUCUCCCUGUUCGGCAGCCAUGGCGGCGACGACGCGGAGGAUGCGAGCGAGACCGAGUUCGAGGGGAAAUGGGAGCUCGUGUCCAAGAGCUCCGGCGUCUCGGCCAUGCACUUGCAGCUGCUGCCGAACAACAAGGCCUUGAUCUUCGACUCGACGGUGCUCGGGCCGUCCAAGAUCAGGCUGGCCAAGAACAUGGUCUGCCCCGUGAGGCCGCAGGCCAAGGCACCCGACUGCUGGGCUCAUGCCGUCAUCUACGACAUCGAGACCCGGGCGCUCCGGCCGCUCAGUAUAAUUACGGACCCAUGGUGCUCCUCCGGGGGGCUCGGAGCCGACGGAAACUUCGUCAGCACCGGAGGGUUCGACGCCGGCAGCCAAUCGGUUCGAUUUCUCGGUCUAUGUGAUAACUGCAAUUGGCGAGAUACCCCCAAUGUGCUUGGCAACGGAAGAUGGUACUCAACUCAGACCAAGCUUGAAGACGGGGCCUUCAUCGUCAUGGGCGGCCGCCGCUCCUAUAGCUAUGAGUUCGUCACUGUCAACAACAAGAUCUCCGCCAAGACGACCUUCUUCCCCUUCCUGGAAGAGACGACCGACCUCGACGAGAACAAUCUCUACCCCUUCGUCAACCUCCUCCCCGACGGCAACCUCUUCGUCUUCGCCAACAGCCGCUCCAUCAUUCUCGACGCCCGCAGGAACAAGAUCAUCCGCGAGUUCCCCCGCCUCAUCGGCGGAUCCCGCAACUACCCGGCCUCAGGGAUGUCGGCGCUCCUCCCCAUGGUCCUCAAGAACCACGUGGACUCGAGGAUGGUCAAGGCGGAGGUCAUUGUGUGCGGCGGAGCGAAGUCAACGGCAUACCGGGCGGUAGAGAAGAACAACAUGUUCAUGCCAGCGCUCCAGGACUGCGCCCGGCUCGUGGUGACCGACCCGAACGCACAGUGGCAGAAGGAGGCGAUGCCGUCGCGGAGGGUCAUGGGGGAUAUGCUCAUCCUGCCCACCGGAGAUCUCCUCAUGCUUAAUGGAGCAACCAAAGGCACGGCUGCAUGGAACUUCGCGGAAGACCCGAACUACGUCCCGGUCCUCUACUCGCCCCAGAAGCCUGCCGGUGAGCGUUUCCGGGAGCUGAAGGCCGCCACCAUCCCCCGCAUGUACCACUCCACCUCCAUGGUCCUCCCCGACGGCAGGAUUCUCGUCGCAGGCAGCAACACCAACCCGACCUACCAAUUCACCAACGUCCCGUACCCGACCGAGCUGCGCAUGGAGAAGUUCUCUCCCCCUUACCUCAACCCGGCCCUCCAGAAAUACCGCCCCGAGAUCGUCGCCGAACUCACCGACAAGAAGAUGGGAUACAACAGGAGCUUCUACAUCAAGUUCAGGGUCAACUCGGACGGCCGGAGGGUGCGCAAGAGGGACGUGAAGGUGACCAUGUACGCGCCGCCCUUCACCACGCACGGGUAUUCCAUGAACCAGAGGCUCUUGCAGCUCGCCAACACCGUGCUGAGGAACGAGGGCGGCAUCUACCACCUCGACACCAAGUCGCCCCCGUCCGGGACGAUCGCGCCGCCGGGUCAUUACCUGGUAUUCGUGGUGUACAAGGGCGUCCCAAGCGUGGGAGCCUGGGUUCAGAUCCAGUAAAAGUGACUGGGUUUGAUUGGGUUUGGAGAUCGGCCAUGGAUCGAUUGAUUCUUGUGUGUUCCUUCGUACUGGUCACAUGUGUUUUGUGCUGUGGAAAGCCAAUUUCUUAUCUCGAAUUUGAUGUUCUCCUGUUUUAGUAUUCAGUGCCCAAACAUACAAAUUCUUUUCCCAUGCCUGAAAAUUACAAUAAACAUUGGCAAUUGUCAAAAAUCAUUGAUAAACAAAAUGAAAGGCAACCUUUUUUUUUUUUUCUC